CAACACUCUCUCUAGAACAGAAAAUGAAGCCAACUUUCAUGUACUUGGUGUGGCUGGUGACGGCGACGGCGAUAUUAGGGCAACGCCCGCAAGUCGUCGUUUUGGGAUCAAAUGGCGACAACGGCGCCGCCUUACAGACAUGUUACGAGGAUUGCUUCGACAACCACUGCAAGCCUCGGUGGAGAUCCUGGACGUGCAUGGAUAGAUGCAUCGACGUCUGCACUCAACUUCAUUCUGAUUUCGAUAAAGAUGAUGAGUCGGCGGGGCCGCAGUUCGCCGCCAUACAAGAGCCGCAGUGGGUCAGCGAAGUCUGCAUGGUGGCGAUAGCUUGUAUGAUUUAUAUUUCCGCUUCUCUGGUUCUCUUCUUUGCUCUUCGCCGUCGCCAUCGCCGUCGUCGGGGUGCUGCCAGUUCCGUCGCCGAGGUUGCUGAUGGCUCGCUUCACUACAAGAAAAUCACUCUUUAGCAGCUAAAUUAUUGAGGCAAAUGUAAUAUAUGUUGCUAAAAGUACUUAUAAGCAACAAAUAUUCAAUUUGCCUCUAUAAAUAUUAUUAUGUGCCUCUAAUAAUAUUAUGUAAUUUUA